AUGGACAGCGUACUCGCGAUCAUGCUCCCGACCGCAUUUUUUGCCGCGCUGGACCGUGGCGCCAGCGCGGAUGGCUCGCGCGAUGCUUUCGUGUCGGAUACCAUGCGAGAUUCGCUGUUGAAGAUGAGCCGCGGAGUCUCGGUCAUGCUCCUUCUCAUAUACGUCGCCUCGCGCAUUUACAGGCACAACCCCCCGAGUUUUCAACGACCUAAAGAACCUAGCAUCCCAGCCAGCGGCCUUCCUGCGACAGAUGCGCCGUCUAGCGCUCCACCCUCGACAACAGGAGCGCGGCCAGGUCCCUUGCUACGCGGAUCCGCGUCCAGGAAUUCCGGGGGGCUGGGAUUAGUGGGGAAACGAGAAAAUGACUCUGAAGAAAGGCUCCUACACCCAAUCGUGUGCGCGACCCUCAUCUGCGUGUCUACCGCAGUUAUGGGCGUCACCGCCGAGUUUUUGGUCCAGAGCAUCGAUCCUAUACGCGAGCGCUUUGAUAUCCAGGCUGAGUGGUUUGGGCUGAUUCUCAUACCGCUGGUGUCCUUUGCUCCUGAAGCCGUCGUCGUCGUGUGGUACUUUGCUGCGCCCUCGCUGAAGUGGCUCGUCGCGAGGCUGGGAUGCAAUACUUGUGCAGCGCACGAGAAGAAGUCUCACACGCCAUCGCUGCUCGCGCACGGGCGGCCGAUUGACCUCAGCAUCCAGUUCACACUCUGGUGGAUGCCGCUGCUCGUUCUGUUCGCGUGGUGGACAGGGAAGCCGUUCCAUCUGCUUUUUGACUACUUCGAGGUUGCGCUGCUCCUUGGGUCGUGCUUCCUGGUCAACUAUGUGACUGCAGAUGGGAAGACGAACUUUGCGGAGGGCGUGACUUUGAUCACCUUCUAUGCUAUGAUUGCAACGGCGACGUGGUUCUAUCCGGGCCAGCCCCAGGUGGGCUUCCUGCUCAGCUGCCCGGGUUCCGUCGCGGAAGCGGUCGCGAGUGGUGUUGGAAACGUGUUAGCCAUGUCGUUGUAA